AUGAAGCGAAACGAGCGAACACACCAGGAGAACCAGGAGAGGGCCUACAUCGCAGCAUCUCGACGUUCAGACCGCAGCAUUGAGGCCCGCAUCGAAAGUGCCAAGCGUGCCUCUGAGCUCCACAAGCAGCGCACGGGCAAGGCCCUGCGUGUCACGGAGCAGGAUGUCCUCAACGAAGAGAUGUAUGAAGAGGAAGAGGCAGAGCUGCCUGCUCAAUACCGCAACCUCAACGCACACCUCAAGACAGAUUCCGCAGACUUUGAUGCCCGGCUCCAGGCCUACCUCGCCAAUGCCGUGGCCUUCCGAAAGGCACUGGCCGGUGUGACGAAGCCAGGCGAUAAGGCGAUGCAGCAUGACUUUGUCAACUGCAAGCAGUAUGCUGACCACGACUCCCUUUUCCCUAGGCACUCUGAUGCCUGGAAGGAUAUCGCACCCAAGCUCAAGCAGAGCUCCGGUAGCGCCGUCACAAGCGGCAACAAGAAGAAGGAAGAGACAAACACAGGUGCCAGCAAGGCCCCGUAUGAUCCAAAGGCGUCUGGUCUGCAUGCACGCAGGCAGUCUGUUGGACAGGCAGCAAAGCUCGAACAGGCACCUGCCAGCAGCAACCUGACACUCUCGGAUCUGAAGCCCAGACAUGCUCAUGUCCGACCAUACCAGCCAGUGGCUCGCCACCCAUCAUUGCCACAGCCUGCACUACGCGGUAGUCUCAAUAACUCACCUGCGCCUAUGGAGGAAGACUUGCGUCGCAAGACCAUCGAUUAUGCAGCGCUACAGGUCGACGAUGUACAGGAGAUUCUCAGACGGCAGGAUUCAGAGGAAGGCUUGUUCAGCGCCACGCUUCCCAUGAACGCACAGCAGCUCUUGCUUCCACAGACCUAUAGCGAGCCUGCGACGUUUGUGCAGCAGGACCCACACUUCUUCAGUGCUGCACUGUGGGGCACAACUCAGGAAAAGCAGACGACGAUUGACAGUACCUUGGCACCUGUUGAGCUCAAUUGGCAGUUCAAGCAGGCUGUUGCUGAGGAAGAUGACUUCAUGCAGCAGGCCAUCAAGCCAGCCUCGAGCAAGCUGGCAACAAGCAACAGCAACCAAGGCUUGGAAGAUUCCACAGACUUGUGGUCGAGGUAUAUGGAUGAUGACGAUGCCUGGGACUGGAAUACCAUCACUGCUUGA